UCAGCUUCUACCCCCUCUCUUCUGUCGUUACCGGAUAAUAGCGCCUGCUCGUAAUAAAGGAUUGGUGACAAUAAAUGAGCUGGCUGCUGUCGCGGGAAGGUGCGUUGCUGUUCAUUGUGCUGCGUAAGAAGAGUGUACGCGCGAGCGCGUGAUCCGUGUGCGUGCGCGCGGAAACGUUCCGCCGUGAGUGAACUCAACCCGCAGAUAGAGAUAUACCUACCUAUCAUCGCGAUCUACCUCGUCUUUCUCCGCAAAAGACUCUCGUCCUCUGCCAAAAUGAUGAAGUACACCGCGUUCAUUGCCGUAGCUCUACUUCUCGGUAUUGUUGAGUGCACGCAUUCGCAAGAAAAUUUAUCCGACAAUGUGCUUGAGCAGGUUGGCAAUGUGGUGGGUGAUCGAAUCCCAGAAUUAAAAAACUUGAACACAUCAGCGCUGCCCAUCGAAGAAGCUAAGAAUCUUUUUAAAGAAAAAUGUACAAAGAACGGCGGACCAGACGCAUUUGACAAUGUCGAACGCGCCCAAGUUAAAAUGGGACAGUGUGUUCAGUCACUCAUCAACAUUACGGCACUAACAGCGGAGAUGGAAAAAUACAAGCCGACAGGUGAUUUGGAUAUUGUUUUCAAGAACUAUUGCAACAAGCGCAACACUCUGCGAGCUUGCGUGAGCAAUUUCACGAACACAUUAGAGCAUUGUCUGGGCGAGAAAGAAAAAGAAAACAAGAAAAUAGUGCUGAACAUAACUGACUCACUUCUCGAGUUUAUCUGCUACAAAGAAGGGGAUCGAAUCGCUCUUUUCAUAUCGGCUGGAGGACCAGAAUGUUUUGAGUCAAAACAGCAAGAAAUUCAAGAUUGUGCCAACAAAACGUUUAGCAGUUAUGUACCAAAAACUGAUUCCACUAAUAAUAGUUUAAUGGGAUUGGAGAGUUUACCGUCAUUGAAUUUUGGUACCAAAGAAUGCAGCGACAUGGACAAACUCCAAACCUGCGUUGUGGCGGAAUUAGAAAAAUGUCCGGAUCCGACACCUGCGAAUAUAAUGGAUUCUAUAUUUAAUUUCAUCAAGAGAGUGACGCCGUGCGAGAAUGUACUCAGCGCACAAAGCGCUGCUGCAACUGGUACACAAUCUAGUGCUUCACACGUGGGCGCUCUUACAAUUAUAGCAAUUCUGUCUACUGUUUUAUCUGUAGCAAGCUAUAGUAGUUUCAUCCCUAUAACACUAUAAGUACAUUGUAUAGCUUUAUUCCAAAUAUGUGAGGACAUGACGAAUAGAGAUAUAUGAAAAUUUAUAUGUACCAGUGGUGCUAAAUUGAAUGUAACAAACAAAAACUCACAACUAUGGA